AUGUCAUCUUCCAGGAAAUAUUUUAAAAGGGUCCCGAUUUAUGUGGUAGAGGGUCACGACGAAGUUUUACCGUUUAUUUAUCGGUGUUUGGGAUCAAAACAUCUUCCGUUCGAAGGAAACGCGUUCGUGCAUUUAGAUUCGCAUCCGGACAUGCUUAUACCGAAAAUGAUGUUGGCGGACACUGUAUGGGACAAAAAUCAAUUGUUCAGUGAAAUUAGCAUCGAAAACUGGAUAUUACCUGCUGCGUAUGCCGGUCACUUUAAGCACCUGAUCUGGGUCAAACCACCGUGGGCAAAUCAGAUGGCCGAUGGCGUGACAACCUUCUUCAUCGGCAAGCAUAAGGACAACGGAUCAAUAAGGUGA